UUUUCGCUGACAGUCACAGGAAAAUCAUUUUCCUUUGACAGGUCAAAGACAUUGGAAGUUUCUGGAGCUCUAUUCUUGUGAAAAAAAGACGAACAGCACCGUUCUUACAGUUUUUAACUUAAAAAAACCACAAAAAAAAGCAGAAGAAAAUGGAAGGCACUGGCAAGCAAUGGGUUAUCGACGAGGCCUUGGCCAAUACAUCGCUGGAUGAUUACUACGAGCAGCACGUGAAGGAGUCGGACAAGUACCAGAGCCGCCGGGGCGUCGGGCCGUACGCCUCGCAGGCGGAGACGCGUCGUCAUUUCCAGCGCACGCACUACUUCGGCCCCGCCUACCGUCCCAAGCCGCCCCUUCUGGCGUCGCAUGCCGCGCGGCUGGAGGGACUGCGCGGCCAGAUCAGUGAGCUGAUGAACCACCUGUCCACCGUUAAUGGAGCCAUCAAUCAGUUGAAUCAGAUCAAGAAGCGUUUGGGCCAGGCACCAUCAUCUCCUACUCCUCUUCGUACUGCUACUUCUACUCCUACUCCUUCUCCUACUCCUUCUCCUACUCCUUCUCCUACUCCUUCUCCUACUCCUUCUUCUACUCCUUCUCCUACUCCUUCUCCUACUCCUUCUCCUACUCCUGAUGCGACUCCUACUCCUUCUCCUAUUCAUACCCCUACUCCAGCUGGGGUUACCAAGGAUGUUAUGGAUGAGACGGAUGCAAAAGAUGACCCGGACGAGCAGCCCCUGGUCCUCAUUAUUGGCGACGAGGUCCUCUACGACGAGGCCUACAAAACGGACUUCUUCUGGAUGACCAAUCAAUCCUAGGCCCCACUGGUUUUGAGGUUGUGACACAAGCGGCACAAGUGGAAAAACCACCUCACCAACAUAAAACAUAAAUAAAU